UCCAGAGCAAGGAACGUACAAGGUAGAUGGCUAACGAUAUGUCUGCGUCUUCUUCAUCCGCGCUGGGGAGAAAAGUGAAUCCGUACAACCCGAACUGUCUGUGUGGUGCGAAAGCCCGGUUGUGUACUACCCGGGAUAGCGGCCGGCAGUUUUAUGGAUGCCAAAGAUGGAAGGAUGGCUUAGGGUGUGGCUAUUUUUUAUGGAAAGAUGAUGUAGUUGCUUUCCAUGAAAACAAUGAAGCAUACCUGGGGGUUAAUGGAAGCAUGGAAUCCACAAUUCAUGAGCUGGAGAGGUUGAUGUCAGUUAUGCAACUUGAUAUAGAAACCAUCAAACAAGUUCUUGAAAGUGAAGCAAAAGAGAAGAUGUUCUGGAAGAGAAUGUGGCAAGGUCUUCUGAUUUUUAUUCUUGCUGUUGUUAUUGUGAAGAAAUUGUAAGAGUGAGGCUAUCCAAGGUUGAAUGUUUAGGUGUUUCAAUGUAAUGCUGUUUCGUUUGUUAAUGUGAAGUUUAUGGAGUAGUUUAAUGUUACCAAGGAUCCAUGUAACCUAUUCCUCUGUGAUGUUUGUUACCCAGUUUAGUGACAAAGAUUAUGAAAAUUGUGGAGUAGUUUAACAAUUGAGUAUUCAUACAUGCUGUU